AUGAUUGCUGAAUCAACAUUUCUGAUGGUCCUGUCUCAUUUGUGUUCCUAUACCAUACCCUUCAAGGACAACAAUCUGACGACAAUUCAGCUGUGCCCAGAGGCCUUAGAGAGGCCCUAUCCAGCAGAUAUCACGUAUUGCCUCCAGUGGCUGCUGCCCGUCCUCUUCAUCCCCAAGUCCCUCCACCUCGCCCUGUGGUUCAGCCACUCCAUGUUCAUGGGCUUCUACCUGCUCAGCUUCCUCCUGGAGCGGAAGCCUUGCACGAUCUGUGCCUUGGUUUUCCUGUUCCUCAUCUGCUAUAGUUGUUGGGGAAAUUGUUUCUUGUACCACUGCUCCGAUUCUCUGCUUCCGGAAUCGGCACAUGUCCCUGGUGUUGUGGGCACCUAACAGCUCAGUUAACUCUCCAAGGAAGCAGAAGACGGGAGGGGAGGCAUUGACAUAGGUCAUAAUGCAUUGGCGUUUCAAAUCCCGCAGACCUGCGGCUGCCACAUUCCUGAAGGCGCCUUUUUUGGCCUGUGACUUUUUAUCCGUAUAAUGUGAAUAAAGGCACUGACCGGUGCUUUUAUAGUAGAAUCCUAUAUAGUCAGGGUGAUCUUGUGGUUGUGUGUGUCUGUUCCAUCUCCAUCCCCAGCUGGCAA